AUGAAGUACUCAACAUUGCUGCCGUUCGCGGCUCUUGCCACGGCGUUUGUCAUCCCUGAUGAUGAGGUGAUGAGCCAGGUUGCUAUUGAAUCUGAUCGAUCUGCAAAGCCGGUACAGGACAGGCUUCCUUCUUCAAGCGAUGUUCACAACGUCAUCAGCGAAGUCGGAAACACAUUCAAUGACCUUCUAGACUCAUCCAAGAAUGCGUUCGAUGAUGUGCUCGACAAUGUCGAAGCUGCCGCUCAGAAGACGCGAAAGUCAUGUCAUGGUGCCGCUUUCAAUGCCAAAUCUUGGCUCGAUUCGAAGUCCGCCGACGUCGAGCAAAAAUUGAAAGAUGUGGAAAGCAUGAAGCAUGGCCAUCAUCACAAGCCGAAUAAGACUGUAUAUGAGUUGAUCUCCGGGAGCAAGUAUACAACCAAGUUGGCUGCUUUGAUCAAUGAAUACGAAGAUCUCGUCAAGCUUCUAAACGGAACAGCGGCCAAUUAUACCGUCUUCGCCCCAAUCGAUAAGGCGUUUGAGAAGAUACCAGAUGAUGCGCCCAAGCCGUCAAAGGAGCAACUCAAGAAUGUUCUUCUCUACCACACCAGUGCUGAUUUCUACCCAGCUGGUAGAGUACUCGUCACGCACACAAUUCCCACUCUUCUGGAUGGAGAACAUAUUGGCGGCAAGCCCCAGAGGCUGAGCACAAACAUUGGGAUCAAGGGUUUGACUGUGAACUUCUACAGCCGCAUUAUUGCGAUUGACAUUUUCGGCACGAACGGUGUGAUCCAUGGAGUGGAUUCUCUCCUCAUACCACCUCCUAAAGCCGCUGAGGUGAUUCAACUUCUGCCUGGAGAGUUCAGCACUCUCGAGCUAGGUCUUGAAAAGACCGGUCUCUUCAAAGCCAUCAAUGAUACUUCGACUCAUAAUGGUGGUACAAUUUUCGCCCCCAGCAAUUUUGCAUUCCAAAAGCUUGGACCUAAGAUCAAUGCGUUUCUCUUCAGCAAGUACGGCUUAAAGUACCUAAAGGCCCUGCUAGAGUAUCAUGUUGUGCAAGAUCAAACGCUAUAUUCAGAUGCCUUCUACAAGGCCGAAAGUAAGGGCGUCAAGGAUGCUAGCAUUCCAAAAGGCUUCUUUCACGUCGAUCUUCAAACUUUGCUUGAGGACAAGUCGUUGAGUAUUGAUGUUGCACGGUACGGUCGACUGAUCAGUAUCAAAAUCAACGCAUUCUCAACUGUCACCAUUGAAGAUGGUAUCGUCGCCGACGGUGUCAUUCAAGUCGUCAGUAAUGUGCUCAUCCCACCUAAGAAGGUGGAAGGCGUCGAGAAGAAGUGGGAAGGUGAGGAUCUUGAAGUAGAGGACCUGAUUGAGAGACUUGGGCCUUUUACUGAAACAGAAUCGGAUACCUACGAGCUCUAA